GCGGGGUGUUGGUGAGGUUAGGAGAGCUCGAUAACCCGGAUCCCUAGUUACGCGAUCAUUCACAUUCACACACACAGGGCCGUAACACGCGGAGCUGCUCCCGCGUACACGCCGCCAGACGAGAGCGAGCGAGCGGCCGUACGUGACACGAUAGAGAGAGAGAGAAAGAGAGAGAGAGAGAGCGAGAAAGUUCUAAGACGCCAGCCGUGACACAGCGUAACCAGCAUAUUUCGCUGCCUUCAUUCCGCAGCGGACAAGACCGCCGGUGUUUGCUUACACACGCGUAUAAGUUAUACGAACCCGCUGCGAUCACAGGCACUUUGGAACGUCUCAAUAAAAAAAAGAACGCCAGAUGGUUGAUGACACCGAGUUUCGCGUACGACUGCUGCUGCUGUUGCUGCUGACCCGCGUGUGAACGAACGCACGCACGAACACAGCGACACCAACGCCGCCAUCGCGCUGCGGCAGGCGAGGGAAGGGAGAGAUGGCGUACAACAAACUGCUGCUGGAUAAACAGGAUUCGGUGGACGCCGCUCUGGUGCUGCAUUCCUCCGACGACGAGCACGAAAGCUCACCUUCCCAUCUACGUCAGAAAUUUGACCGGCUCAUGGGAAAAGAUAAAAUCCGGGUCAGUGACAAGAAGGAGAAUAAGACACAGUCCCAGCGAAAUGUAGAUGCUGAGCAAAAGGUGUGCUGUCAAGAUGAUCAUCUAGACCAGCAGAGAGAAAAGAAGCCAAGUACAGAAGGAAAGGUACAGCCGCCGAAUGACACUAAUGCCAAGCUGCCAUGGUGGUCGCGAAUUCAAUCUGCUGGGACGACAGCAAGAAAGAAAAUGGCAAAGAAGACUAAAAGAAAGUCGAAUGAUUUUACAGAGAUGGGAGACGACCAUUCGUCAGAUGACGAUGAUUUACAAUUUUCCCGUCAUGAGACGUCAGCCAACAUAGAUGACCCUUUACUGGAGCAAAGGUCAGUGGGAGUUGUAAGAGAGGAGUAUAGCGAUAGGCCAACGUCUGAUACAGCAGGAAUAAGGGUUGAUAAAGCGCGGAAUGGACAGCAAGCAUCAGAAUCCGAUACGAACGGAAACCUGCUUCAAGACAUUCAGUCUGCUACCGAGAUGGGUAAAGACUGUGCAACAAAGUACCUGACCAGUGUACAGGAGCGGACCAGGCGGGUUAGCCCACGGCUAAGGCGCCCAACGGAUGACAAAACAGAGUUGCGUCUCAUUGAUGAGAUAACUUCUGAGGAGAACGCUGGGGAUCUUCACGGGCUGGAGAACUGAAUCUCCACGCUUAUCGUUGGGAAAGAUGUAGACAUACACAUUUGCUGGCACAGAGAACGGGUCAGCAGGAUACGAUGACACUGAGAAAAGAAUGGUUGCAUAGACAUGGGAUACCUGAAAAGGGUAGUGAGACUGAGACAGAAUGAAAGAGGGGGAGAGGAUGACGGAGAUAGAGACACAGAAGAGAGAGUGCAAGAGAGAAGGAGAGAGAGAGAGAGAGAGAGAGAGAGAAAGAGAACGAGAAGGCAAGGUGAAAAAAAAGGAAAAGCAGGCAGAUAAAAGAGAAAGUUCAGCGACAACAAAGAAUGCGGGUUCGGAAAACGAGACUUUGAAGAAAAUGUAGAUCUUUGAACCGGGAAUACUCUUGAUGUUUGCUGCUGUUACGAUAAGGCUGUUAUCAUAUCACAAUUCGCAGUGCUUCUUACAUUAUUUUAAUGGCUCUGAUAUUUUAAGGCCAUGUUGCGAGGUUGCAUGCUGUUAAAAUAUAAGGUUUAAUCCUGCCCGAAACUUUCCGUUGGCUGCCAGAUGUAUGUAUCGCUUCAAUACACGUAUCGCUGGGUGAUAUCGGAAACGUGCGAUUCUACUGGAUCGAACGCGUUGUGGCACGACAGCUUCUAUGCUUGCUAUUUGAAAUGCCGUGGGCAUAUAAUUAUAUCACUUUAUCCCCGAACGGUGAUAGCCAAGAUGCUAAUAAAUAAAUGGUAAUUAUUGCAUAUGGCGGCUGCGUGCAUGAGCCAUGAGCGUGCUUAAUGCUUGCUUCGCACGGUGAGGCUACCGGGAGACAGAUAUUACCAGGAGUGAAUAAUAGAGAUCUCUAUAGUGUCUCUAUUAUUCACUCCUGAUAUUACGAGGUAUAUACGCCUAAAGGUAUAUAAUUGAGUGUGGGCGUUGGCUAGUCGGUCUUCCCUUUAACGCUGCAGCGACAGAGAAAGGGUGUGCGUGGCGUAACGGCGAUUACCCGUUAGGUGAGAUGCAAGGUGUGUGCGUAGCACGCGCGUGCAGAAUCGCUGAUAACGAGUGUAUUUUAUCAAAUCGGGAUCUGAUGCAAAUAUUUAUAUUUUAUCUUAUAUAUAUUCCUAUUUGCUCAUCGUUUGCUAUAUUGCCGUGUACAAAGAUUAUUAUUUAUAUAUGUAAAUAAACCCUUGUGAAUGUA